UCUUCUCUUUUUUUUUCAAUUAUUUUUUAAUUAGUUUGUAGUUAAAAUAUUUUUGCAUGGUAAUUAGGGUGGUGGCUUUUGCCGGCGGUGGAAUGCAGAGAUUCCAGGUGGUCGGCGGAACCGACUCCCCUCCCCAAGACGCCGCCGCCGCCGCCGUUUUCUGCCGGAAAACCCAUGCGACCGCCACCGGCAUCUUCUAUGGAACAAGCCCUUUGGAAAAUUCAGUGUCCGCUCUGGUUUUGGAUAUUGUGUUCGUCAUUCUCGUCAUUCAUAUCCUCCACUUGCUCCUCGGCCGCCCUCUUAAACAGCCCAAAAUCAUUUCUCAGAUCCUCGGCGGUAUUAUCAUUGGACCAUCCGUUCUGGGGCACAACAAGAAUUUCAAAGGGACCAUGCUCCCUGAUGACGUAUGUUUCUUGCUGGGAAACAUUGGGAUAAUCGGUUUCAUGUACUUUUUGUUCAUCUCGGGAGUGAAAAUGGAUCUGACACUUUUGAAGAAGUCGGGAAGGAAGGAAUUCUGCAUCGCGUCGUUUAGCGUGGUGAUCCCCUUGAUCUUGAACAUCACGUUCGCUUUGUUGAUACGCAAGUCCAUGGACAAAGAGCUCGCCAAAUUCUCCUCCAUUGGGGCAGUUACUUCCUCUCUAGCUAUCACGGCCUUCCCUGUUGUGUACCCAAUUUUGCACGAGCUCAAUCUGUUGAGCUCCGAGGUGGGGCGAAUGGCGAUGUCGACGUCGAUAAUCAGCGACGCGGUGGGCAUUAACGCGAUCCUGGCGUUCGAGGCGGCAAUACAAGGAGAAUACAAUGGGAAGAACGCAAUAUGGUACUUGAUUUCGCUAAUUGUUCUGUUGGCGUUUGUUGUGUUUGGUGUAAGAAGAGCAAUGCGUUGGAUUGUGGAGAAAACACCAGAAGGGCAGGCUGUGGAGCAGGGGUUUGUGGUGGCCAUUUUGCUGGGGGUUUUCGUGAUGGGCUUCUUGACGGAUUUCUUCGGGAUUGCAAUCGCUAAUGGGCCGCUCUGGUUGGGCCUGGCCAUUCCAGAUGGGCCUCCGUUGGGAACCACGCUAGUGGAGAGGAGCGAGACCAUAAUAAUGGAGUUUCUUAUGCCAUUUUCGUUUGCGUUUGUUGGGCUUUACACGGAUGUUUAUGAAAUGGCCGCGGCCGGGUGGCAAAGCUUGGCGCCUUUGUUUUUCUUGGCUCUGGCUGGCCAUUUCUUCAAAUUUGCUGCUACUCUCGUUGCCUCUCUUUACUUUCAGUUGCCUCUUAGAGAUGGCCUCGCCGUUACCCUCAUUAUGUGCUUAAGAGGUGAAGUCGAACUCAUUCUUUUAGUCCAUUGGAUAGACAAAAAGAUAAUAAAGAUACCAGAAUUCACAAUGAUGGUGUUAUUUACGGCGGCGGUGACAGCGACAGCGACGCCAUUGAUAAGGCUACUGUAUGACCCGACAAGACCGUACAUGGUGAGCAAAAGGAGAAGCAUCCAACACAAUCCACCGGGCACAGAGCUUCGGAUGGUGCUGUGCAUCAAGGACCAGGAGAACGUGGCGGCGCUAGUGGACUUUCUAGAGAUGUCGAACCCGACUACGAGCAGCCCCUUCGGCAUCUAUGCGCUCCACCUGAUCGAGCUGGUGGGGCGGGCGGCACCAGUGUUCAUCGACCACAAGAAGCACAAGGCCCCCACCAAGUACACCGCUUCUGACACCAUCCACAAUGCCUUUAAGCUGUACGAGGAGGCCAGAACUGAGUUGGUUAAGUUGCACACCUACACGGCUGUGGCACCCAAGCGGUCCAUGAAUCAGGACAUUUGUGAGCUUGCUCUUGUGAAAAAGGCCAACCUCAUUGUGCUUCCUUUCAACAGGAGUGCGGGGUCAGAUUCGGUGGGGUUGAAUAAUUCUGUGAACUCAAGUGUGCUGGAACACGCACCAUGUUCGGUGGGAAUUCUGGUGGAAAAGAACAAUCUUCAUAGCCCCAUGGUGGGGCAGUCAUUCUGGAACUCAAUGCAGCAUUUCGCGGUUCUGUUCUUGGGAGGGGCAGAUGCUCGAGAGGCUCUAGCUUACGCGGACAGAGUGGUGGGGAACUUGGAUGUAUGCGUGACAGUGGUGCGUUUUCUGUCCUACAAUGCGAGAGGUGACAACGAGUUGGAGAAGAAGCUGGAUGACGGGGUGGUGACAUGGUUCUGGGUGAAAAACGAGUCCAACGAGCGAGUCAUUUACAGGGAAAUAGUGGUAAGAAAUGGGGCAGAGACAAUAGGGGCCAUACAAACACUGAAUGAGAACUCUUACGAGCUUUUGAUUGUGGGGAGGAAGCAAGGUGUAAACCCGGUUCUAUUGGAGGGGCUGUCGGACUGGAGUGACCAUAAUGAGCUGGGGAUUGUGGGAGAUUAUGUUGCCUCCACGGAUUUCACUGCUGCGGCUUCUAUUUUGGUGGUGCAGCAGCAAGUUCUGCGAGCCCACGCCAAAUCUCCUUUUAACUUCUGUGCCAAGCUUAGAAUUUAGAUAAAUCAUCAUAUAAUUCGGUAGCAUCAAUAAUUCAAUCUGUACAUAUUGUUAUUAUAAUUUAGAGUCGUUUUUUUUAGUUUAACCUUAUGUGAGGUUUCGAAUUUGAACCUCCAAAGGUUAGGAUGUAUGUGUUAACAAGUACACAGAUUGACGUUUAGAGUUAGUUUUGAG